CUUUUAUAACGUUUUGCCGCUUGGGGGUUGAAGUUAUGAGUUUUCAAAACUUCCAUCCAAAAUCAACAUACAUGUUUGUUUUUUAAUGAUUGUGGAAAUUGUAUCCUGUUUCUGAACAAAUUGAAGUGUACUUACACAUUGGUUCAACUAUAUUCAAUGCUCAAAUACAGUCCAAUAAUCACAUAAUGGCUGGUAAGGCGUUAAAGUGGAAAGUAGUGGCAGAUACAACUGGACCUCAUCCUCGUCCAAGACAUGGACAUCGUGCAAUUAUUAUUAAAGACUUAAUGGUUGUUUUGGGGGCGGAAAUGAAGGAAUUGUUGAUGAGCUUCAUGUUUUUAAUACAGCAACAAAUCAAUGGUUUAUUCCCGUUACUAAAGGUGAUGUACCUCCAGGAUGUGCUGCUUUUGGUUUUGUAGUGGAUGGAACCAAAUUACUAGUUUUUGGGGGAAUGGUGGAGUAUGGAAAAUAUAGUAAUGAACUUUAUGAGUUACAGGCUGCAAAAUGGGAAUGGAAGAAGCUUAAGCCAAAGGAACCAAAAUUUGGCACUCUCCCCUGUCCAAGAUUAGGACAUAGUUUUACUGUAGUUAAUUCAAAAGUGUAUCUCUUUGGAGGAUUAGCAAAUGAUAGUACAGAUCCCAAAAACAAUAUUCCAAGAUAUUUGAAUGAUCUUUUUACAUUAGAUAUUAAAAGUAACCCUAUGCAAUGGAAUAUUCCCCAAACAAAUGGACCAGCUCCCACUCCAAGAGAAUCUCAUACUGCUGUAGCAUAUGUGGAUAAAAACCAGAACUCUUUUUUAAUUAUAUAUGGAGGUAUGAGUGGGUGCAGGUUAGGUGAUUUGUGGUUUCUGGAAACAGAGACAAUGACUUGGGUGAAACCCCAAGUUUCAGGAAUUACACCUCUACCUAGAUCUCUGCAUACUUCCACAUUAAUUGGCCAUAAAAUGUUUGUUUUUGGGGGAUGGGUUCCUUCAACUCUUUCUAAAGAUAUAAACGCCAUUGAAACAGCAUGGAAGUGUACAAAUACUUUGGCAUGUCUCAACUUAGAAACAAUGAGCUGGGAUGAAAUAAAUAUCCAACAAGCUGUUCUACCUUGUGCCAGAGCAGGCCACUGUGCAGUGGGAAUUAGUACAAGGUUGUAUGUUUGGUCUGGUCGAGAUGGAUAUAGAAAAGCUUGGAAAAAUCAGGUGUGCUGCAAAGAUUUGUGGUAUUUAGAUGUAGAUAAACCUCCUGCUCCUAGUCGUGUAUCUUUAGUUAAAGCAGGAACACAUACCCUUGAAGUCAAUUGGACGGGAGCACUAUCUGUGCAGACAUACAUCUUACAGAUACAAAAAUAUGAUUUACCUCCACCUGCUGCAUCGAAAAUUCCAGCUACCACUGCACCAGUAAUUCCAGCGUUGGCAGCUGUACCAAAGGCAAGUGCUCCAGUUCAAACCAGUUCACUUCAGCCGGCACCAACUAUUAAAACAACUACAAGUACUAACCAGGUUCAUUCACCUAAAAUUAUUUCACCCAUUGCUGCAAGAGGACCAGUCAAGAUUCAAGGUACUGCAGGAACUAUUAUCAGAGAAGGCAGUCCUCAAGUAGCAGGCAAACAAUUAAUAAUGAAACAAGGAGGCAAUAUUAUUCAAAAGGGAGGAGCUCCACAGCAAGUUGUAACUUUUGUCAAAACUAGUACAGGCAUGACGUUAGCGACACUACCAAAAGGAAGCAACAUGGUUCAGGCAAAACCAAAUGUUUUACCUCAAUCUCCCAAAAAUACCAUUGUAAAAAUUAUACCAACUACGGCAGCCAAUAAAGUUCAAACAUCUAUAAAAACGAUUCCAUACCAUUUAGAUAAGGCAACUGGGAAAUUAGUUCCUCUGAAAACUAUGGGACAGAUUCCUACAAUCGGUAAUCAACAAGUUCUAGUUGUAAAUUCAAAUGCCGGUUUGAAAAAUAUACAAACAUUAACCAAUGCACAAUCUGUAAAUUUAAGCAAUGUAAAAACUACUUCUGUAAAUAACCAACCAGUCGUAACUACCACAUCUUUAACAAAUCUACAAGGCGUUAAAAUUGCUGGCAAACCUAUUACCAUAUCAAUGCCUAUGCAAGUUGUUGGAUCUCCUAAGACUAUGACUUUGUCAAAAAAUACAAAACAGGUAAUGAUCGGAGGGAAACCAGUUACUGUACAGAUGGCGACAGGUACUAACAAAACACUGACCCUGGUGCAACCUAAUCAGUCUGCUGCAGUAGGCAAGAUUGUCCGGCUACCAAUUAGUUCAACAAUAAAUCACUCUACCAACAGCGGGGAUCAACCAAAAUUAAUGGUAAUUUCUCGUCCCAAACAACCAAAUGCAAAUAUAGCUUCGACUUCCUUUGAUAGUCCAGCCACAACAGAUGCAGCCCUUGCUGCCAUAGCUGCAGAAGCUGGUCUGAUAGAUCCUGCACCUGAGAAAGGAGGCAUGGGAAAAUUAGAUGGAUCUGAGGAAAAUACUACACAAACCGUAGUUCUUUCGCAGGGCAGCAGUACAUCCAAUGUUGCUGUUCCGAUGCAAGUUGCAACAGGACUCUUAGGAUCUGGUUCUAUUAUGCAGCAACUUGGAUUGAAAGGAGGUACUAGAUUACAGAGACCACCUAAAAGUUUUAGGUAUCGUUUAGGAUUGUAUGGAGGUGGGGUGGAUGAUGUAGAUGAAGAAAUGAAACCUUCAACUACAACAGCUGAAGCUGAUUCUACGCAAGCUACCGUUAAUGAAAUUGCGCCCGCUUCUUCAAAUGCUGAAAUUGUAAAAAUGGACUGGGAGUCAGAUUCAACACCUAAACAAUCUGAAGAAAGCUUAAGCGGUGAGGUAAAAUCAGACUCGGAAACAAAAUCGGAAGCUGAAGCAAAACCAGAUGAAAUUAAAAAAAUUGAGGCCGAAUCGGAAGCUGAUGUAGGAACAGACAUUGACAUGAGAUUAGAAGCUGAAGAACAAUCAGACAGCAAAGACAACUUGGAAGCUGAGACAAGUGAAAACAAAUUAGAACUCGAAGAAAGAUUGGAAAGUGAAAACAAUGUGGAAGCUGAUAAAAAACUAGAAAACGAACCAGUUAAUUUGGAAGCUGAAGUAAAAUCUGAACAGUCUAGUCAGAUCGAAUCAAGUAUCACAAAAUCUCCAGAAGAAAAUGAGACGAAGUCGGAGGUAGAUAUGGAGACUGAAGUUAAAAAAGAAGAUUUAGGCGAAUGCACUUCCAGUGACUCAGUGAGAAUGGAAACAGACGUUAAAAAAGAACCAUCAGUUGAUCCAGAUUAUCACAAUUACAGUCAAAAUAACAAAAUUUUAAAAACAGAUGAAAUGGCUACUGAAGUGAAAAAAGGAAUUCUUGCCCCUGACGAUGAUCCUUUAGCAGCAUUAGCUUCUGCUGCUUUGGCUGAAAAUAAUGCCCAUGAUCCUGAAGUGCCUCUUAAAGACACGUGGUAUACUGUUGGUUUCAUUCGAGGAAAUAGUUGUGAUGUAAAGAGUUAUUUUUUGUUAAAUGAAGACACUGCUGAUCUGACCUUGGACACUUUGCCUUCUACUGUAAAUUACCCCGCAGGCUUUAAUCUCGAACCGGGUACUGCAUACAAGUUCAGAGUGGCAGCUAUCAAUUCAUUAGGUCGAAGUGAUUGGAGUGAGGUAUCAGCAUUUAAAACUUGUCUACCAGGCUUCCCAGGUGCACCUUCUGCAAUCAAAAUAACCAAAUCGGUAGAAGGGGCAAAUUUAUCUUGGGAACCUCCUAGUGCCAACCAAGGUGAAAUAUUAGAAUAUUCUGUUUAUUUGGCUGUGAAAGCAAAGGAUAAAGUUAAUACCAACGCUGGUCAACUGGCCUUUGUACGAGUUUAUUGCGGCCCGAAUAAUAAGUGUGUUGUAAGUAAUACCUCCUUGUCUGCUGCCCAUCUAGACACAACGACGAAAGCAGCAAUAAUAUUCCGUAUUGCUGCUAAAAAUGAAAAAGGUUACGGACCCGCUACCCAGGUUAGGUGGCUGCAAGAUGCAUCAUCCAAAUCAAAGCGUCUUGCAGAUUCCUCUCCAGUAGCUGUUAAGAAAGUAUGAUAAAGAAGAAAUGUAAAAAUAUACGACGGUGUGUGAAUGUGGUAAAACUAUAAUAAAUAUUGAAUAUUUGGACGUUGCGUGUUUGGAUUUGCAAUUGAAAAGUACCUCUUUUCGAGUAUAAACUGCUUGACGUUUUGCAUCUUCAAAAACUUGAAUGGAAUUCUAAGGUAUCAUCUCCAAAAGCGAAUUGACACCUUUGUUCCCUGGAUGCUGUCUGUCCCUUCUAUGUCGAUCGUUAUGAAGCUAAUUGGAUUAUUGUAUAUUUUCUGAGGAUAUCUAGUAUUUUUUCUAAACUCGCCAGGGAAAAGCUGGACAGAUGUUAAACGAAGUCACCGGAUAGGUCAACUUCACUGAAUCGUUGACUAAUUCCGGCAUUACUGAAGACCUUAAAACUGCAGCAUUGAAGGAGACAGAAUCCGUCAAAGCAGCAUCGACAAUGUCAAGGAAAUCGAUAACAGUAUCGAUACCCAAGUCAUUAUCAUCCUCGCAACUCCUGCAGAAAGAGAAUUUAAAGCCGCAGAAGCACCGUCGUAGUCAAAAUAAAUUUAAAAACUUUACAGCUACCAGUAUAGUUGUUCCAGAUAGUUAAAAUUAUCGAUUUGCGUAUAUUUAAAUGCGUUUGCUAUUUAAGUUCAACCUGAAUUUAG